AUGGCUGAAGCAGAAUCCUCGGCCGCUGCCAGCAAGCAUGCUUCGACCAGCACUUCCCUCAACCAACUAGAUCCCAAUUACAUACUGCACCUGGCUCAUGCACACAGCAAAACCAAGGAUAGGACCCUGACAACGGCCAAAAAACAUCUACAGGAUAUUGAAGCAAAAGCGAGACCAGUCAGGGUCGCCUUGCUGGGGGCCUCCAUGAUCGAGAGGAUGACAACAACAGGCCGUUGCGAGAGCUUUGACCCCUGGCCCUCAGAGACCAUGUUACCUGAGACAUCCUUGAGGGCUCUAAAUGAGGAAAGAGAAAACCUGGACGAGAUGCCCAUCUCCCGAAAAGAAGGGGUUGCAAACUUCGGUUGCGGUGGCGACAAGAUCGAGAAUGUGCUUUACCGCCUCGUUGGAGAUGACUCCCAAAACCUCAAAGGACUCGUCCAUGAGCUCAGUCCUGCCAAGGGAGGCAAUGCAAUUCAACGAAAGCCGAAGCUGUGGGUCGUCCAAGCUGGGACGAACAAUCUUCACUCUAAGAAGGGUCUUACAGACGCCAGCUUAUUCUCACUGGAAAUUCUGCUUCGGGUUCUGCACCAAGAGAGCCCUGAAGGAUCCAAAUUCCUACUGACAGGGCUAUUCUAUCGCACGGAUAUCCGCACAGAAUUGGUCGACAAGGCAAACGUGAGCUUGCGACACAUUGUCGUCAAACUCGAGCAAGAGGUUUCGGGCGGUCAACAGUCAACGGAGCAAAGUCACGGAGCAUCACAUCGUGCGUCGGAAACCACUACUCCAGCAGAAAUGCUGCCUUCCGACCACCAUGAAAGAGGACCGCCACCCCCUUGGGACCGCGCCGAUGGAACUUUCAGGUUCCUGCCCGCCCCAGGGAUAGAUGACUUUGACGCCUUUUUCGAAGAUCAUGUUCACUUGAAUGAGAAAGGAUAUCGAAAGUGGAUGGAUACACUCCUGCCAAAGGUGGACGAGAUGCUGAGACCGGCACCACCACCGGACGAUCCCAAACCCAAGAACGCUCGGGUCAGCGAGAACAAUGACGUCCAUACAUUCAACAAUUUCGAUCCUGUGACGCCAGCAGUGCCCAGCCCCCAUUAG